AUGCAGAAUUCAGAGACGGAUGAGAUCAAAGACAAACCCCUUCGGAACCAAACCAAGACCGAUGUAACAAGCGAACUAAACACCUUCUUUAAGGUCGGUGCUGAUGACAAAACUCAAAAACAAGACAACACACAUGAUAAACAAGCACCAAAGACUACCGAUACUUCUGAAAAUGUCAAUACAAGCCAAGGAAUAACGUAUAAGAAAUCGAGGAAGAGAAAUAACAAAGGCAAUAUCAGCACCAUGAGGGAAAGUAACCAUGGGACAAAAACAGGAAAGCACAUCAAUGGCAGCACAUCCAAAGAGCACAAAAACGUUACAAGGAGUAAUGGAAGACAGCGUGCUAUGAGUUCUACCGAGAUGGUGGUGUGGCUUGCUGACACCCUCGAGGGAAUUCUCAGAAGUGGAGAGGACAGCAAACACAGACUUGGCACUUCUGGCAAAGAUGGAGAUCCCUGUGAUUCUUGGUCAACAUGUCGAGUAGAGAAGGCGCUGCAGGAACUUGCUAAUAUUGCUGGACUUCCAUCAUGCCCAUGUGUCUACCCGGCCGAACUUCCCUAUCAGCCUCUUAUUCAUGACAUAAUUCAUGAGAUGAACUUCAAAUGGGUGAUCGUGAGCAGCGAGAGGGAAAGGUUGGACGUGUACCACCGCGGGGCACAGCACUGCAUCCGCUCCUACGUCACAGCGGCCUCCCUCGCCUCCCAGACGUGUUGCUAUGAUAGGGACCGAAGAUUGCUUACCAGAGGCAGUGGUGCUGGAAGUCCAGUUUUAGUGAGUCCUCAGGUCAAUCUUGCUCUUCACUGGCAGGUGGAUAUCCUCCCUUGGCUUGUCUGCAAAGCUAACUUUCUAAGAUUUCAUGCUGUAAGAAAACCCAACAAUGGCCUGCGAUGUCCGGUCAAUCCAGACAACAUGAAGUACCAACAACAAGUUUAUAUGGCCACUGAUUACUAAAUAUUAUGCAUUUAGCACUGAUAAUUAACAUACCUACCAUCAUGACGUUCUUCAAUUUUAAGGCAUUACCAUGAUGCAUAGAGUCAUGAUCACUCUGUCAAUGAUAGAAGAUAUCAUAGUAGUAGUUAUUAUCAGAGAUAAAUUUCUUUGACAUGUGUAUGAUGUAUGGAUAAAAAAAAUAGGUUUAUACUAUGUAAGCGUGUGAGUAUUUAUCUAGUUUACCAAGUUAUAUUGUAAAGGGUUCGAGCGGGGCUUAUAAUGUCCUGUCUCCAUAUCUCCAUAUCUUCUUAGAAGCUGUGCAUAUUAUGUGUUGCAACAACUUCAUCAUUCAAAGUAUUCCACUUAUCCAUCGUUCUAUGUGGAAAACUAUAUUUGCCUAUCUAUCUUAUACAUUGUUAUUAGGUUCCCUUUUUCUCUUUUACCUUGUAAGAUUGGCAAUCUUAUAUCAUUCAGUCUUUCUUCGUAUGUUAGGUUCUUUAUUUCCGCCACCGUUUUUGUAGCUAUUAUCUGGGUCAGUUCUAAUUUUCUUAUAUCUUUUUCAAACAUGGCGACCAUACCACAGCUCUAUGUUCCAUCUGUAGAUGUAUCAUAGUUGUAAUAUUUUUCUUCCUCAUAUCCUUGUCCAGGUAGUGAAGUGCCACUCUAAUAUUAGUCAACAAUUCAUAUGUUGUUCCAAAUGUUUUGCUUAUGUGU